AUGGGCCAAAAGACUCAUCCGAUCGGGUUCCGUCUGGGUAUAAUCAAGGACUGGCAGGCCAAGUGGUACGCGGCCAAGGGAUCUCAGUACCGCGAGCUUCUGCAAGAAGACCUCAGCAUCAGAAACGCCAUACGCGCCCGCCUGCCUGAAGCCGGCAUCUCCAAGGUCGAGUUGGAGCGAGGCGCGCAGGAGCUGGUGGUUACCAUACACUCGGCCAGACCCGGCAUAGUCAUUGGCCGGGGUGGGCAGAGAGUGGAAGAGGUGCGCCAGGUGGUGGAGGGGUUGACUCACAAGCGGGCCAGGCUCAACGUCCAGGAAGUGCGUCAGCCUGAACUCGACGCUCAGCUUGUAGCCGCAAGCAUUGCGGAGCAGCUGGGGCGCAGGGUUGCCUUCCGACGAGCGAUGCAUCAGGCCGUCAACCGGGCCAUGCAGGCCGGGGCGCUGGGUAUGAAGGUUAUCUGCUCAGGUCGGUUGGGUGGUGUCGAAAUAGCCCGCCGGGAGAAGGUGAUGCAGGGCCGUGUGCCGUUGCACACCCUGCGGGCGGAUAUAGACUACGGCCUGGCUGAGGCUCGGACCACGAUGGGACGUAUUGGAGUGAAGGUGUGGGUGUACAAAGGUGACAUUCUGCCGGAGCCGAAGGAGAUUGAGGCCGAGCCGGACGCGGAAGAGCUGCAGAUGAUAGAGGUAACCGUGGGAGGCGAGACGGAAGCCACAGAAGGAUCCAGCGAUGUUCCAACCCAAGAGAAUUAA